AUGGUUGGUACAUACGGCUACAAUGAUGGGCGAUCCACUUCACCACCCACUGACGGUGGUUCUAGCGGAGAUAGAUACAACAGCUUAUCUGCAGGUGGUAGUGGUGAAUACGAUGGUUCAGGAGGUGGUGGAGGAUAUGGCAGUGUAUAUGGUGGCUAUAACGAUAGAAUAUCAGUUCCGCUACCUACUGAUAGAGGAUACACAGGCUCCGUCGGUGAUAGAUACAACGGCUCAUCCGACGGUGGUGUUGGUGGAUACGGUGGUUUCUGUGGCCGUGGUGGAUGCGGCUUUGGUGAAUAUAGUGGAUGCGGUGAUUCUACCAAUAGCGGUGGUGGAUACAAUUGUACGGGUGGCACCGGUGGUAGAUACGGUGGUACAGGCAGCACCGGUGGUGAAUACAGUAGUUCUGGUGGUAGCGGUAGUGAAUACAGUAGUUUUGGUGGUGGCGGUGGCUUGGCAUAA